AUGCAUCAGAAGAAGUCGGAGCCCCAGAUCGGGAAGGAUAGCGUCGGCCUCUCCUCCGAUUUCCUCCCCCUUCCCCUCCACCAUUCGCAGCCAACGCCCGCUGGAUCCGCCGCUGGAGUGGCCGCAGAGAACGGGAGCUUGGUCCAAAUUCAGAUCGAGGUCGCCAAUUCCGGCCAUGGCGCCCGCUCCCUGCCGUCUUCCCCACGGCAAAACCCUAACCUCCCCACCGCUCCGCACAAACGCCCCGUCAUGAACUCCACCCUCUCACAUUCUAAAACCCUCCACUCCCUCCAUUCCCCUGCGCAGAACCGGUCCCCGUCGCCAUUCCCUGCACCCCAUCCCCCUCCGUCGGCGACCUCCCCGGCAACCCACCGGGCACCGCAUAGCCACCUGUGGCUCCUCCCCUACGCCGCCGCCUCCACCACCAAGAACGCCCUCUUCCACAUCCGCCGUCUUCAUCUCCGCUUCCGCAUCAUUCUCCUCCUCUCCUUCCCCUCCCUUUACCUAUUCCUGUGCAUCGGCGUGGGCGGGUGGAGUGAGGGCCGCUCCCUGCUCGUCAACUUCCUCUACGCCCUCGUCUUCUCCUCUGCGGUCCUCCUACUUCUAUUUGUCUCACUGAAUCUUCUACCGCUCCCGUCCCUCCGCCUCUUUCUCUCCCGUUCCUCUUCCUUCCUCCUUCCUCGCUACCAUCCUCGGCAGUCCCGCCGCCGGUCUCCGCCGCCUGUGCUCUGGUCCAUCGGCUCUGGUGCGAAGCCCAAGACGGACAAGCAACCCAUCUCGGGUUCCUGGGUCCAGGUCUACAGCAACGGGGACGUCUACGAGGGCGAGUCCCACAAUGGCAAGUGCUCUGGGAGCGGAGUAUAUUACUACUACAUGAGCGGGCGCUACGAAGGCGACUGGAUCGAUGGAAAGUACGAUGGCUACGGCGUGGAGACCUGGGCCCGAGGGAGCAGAUAUCGAGGGCAGUACCACCAGGGCCUCAGGCACGGACUGGGUAUAUACAGAUUCUACACAGGCGAUGUUUAUGCCGGAGAGUGGUCAAAUGGCCAGAGCCAUGGAUGUGGUGUUCAUACCUGUGAGGACGGGAGCCGCUACGUUGGAGAGUUCAAGUGGGGAGUGAAGCAUGGCCUUGGACACUACCAUUUCAGGUGAUAUAUAUUCUCUUAAUUCGUGUGUUCUUGGUCAAGCGCUUCUUUUUUUUCAUCUUGAGCGUAUCUACCGUCAAGCAUCUAUUCCAUCAAUUAUUUUGAACAUUUUUUAUGCCCAUCUCACGCCUUCUUCCCCUCAUUGUUGCGAGGAACCACGGCCAAAUGCCCUUAUGUAUAUAUAUUUUGUUUAUGAUAAACUACCCUAGAGAUUCAACGCUUCCAGAACAAUAGAAUACAUAGAAAAACUUCAAAGGGUGACAAAAUCUGGGCCACGUUAGAAAUCAUCUUCUGGUUUCUUUUCAUCAAUAUAUUAUGUUCAUAGUUUGUAAGUUCUCAUGUUGCAUUACUAUAACAUUUCGUGCUGCCUGGUUUCAAUUAAUCACGUUUUUUCAUUCAGAUUUUUUUUAAAAUCUACUUGGGAUGUGUAUCCAUGUUGCAAGGAUUAGAUGCUCUGGGCAACCAGGAAUUUGAUCUAGACUUCCUGUCGGAUCGGUCCCGUGUACUCCAAAAUAAGAAUCACAAUUACUGUCCAGCCAUGAAAGGCAUAGCUGAGACAGAUACAGAGUGUGAUAUAUAUAUAUAUAUAUACGAAUAUAUGGUUCAUUAUUUCUGCCAAGAUUUCAAAUUGUUGAUGUAUUGCUGAUGCCGAGUUAGCAUUGUUCUUCCUUUUAUUCUUUUUCGUCGUUACUAUGAUUACACUGGUGCCACUGCAAGAAAUAUUUCUGGCACGAUUGUGAUUGAUUUGGUACUGUUUCGUGGAAUAAGCUCAAGGUUGAAUUAAUUUGUUGACAUAUGAGCUUCUGGGCUAUUAUCUACUAUGGAUCUCUUUUCAUAAAUGAUUUUAUUUUUUCAAAAUGAUUCCUUUCUUCAGCGCAAGAUAGGCCAGAAUAUUUUCAAAAAAAAAAAUUCAAUUUUUUUUACUACAAGUGCUCUCGAACUGAAAAUCUUACAUGAUUGUAUCGUUACCAUAUUAGUUCUGGAUGAAGAAAUUUAAUGUCGUGAAACGCAUGUCAGGCUAAACAGGAAAAGAAGAAGUUAGCUAGAGUUUAACGCAGUCAGGAGAUGAUCAAUGCAGACGGUCAGAGCAAAUAAUAGUUUUUACUUGUAGUUAACUGCGUGGGUGAUGAGAAUCAUGAUUGCCAGUUUUGGGGGGCACAGAGGGCAGCUCAAGAGUCGUUGUGCCCUUUCUCAUCCAAAAGGUGGAGUUCUUAGUAUUUUCUAUCUCCCUCUUCUGGGCUUAGCGGCAGUGGAUUCCUGGGGAUCCCUUGGUCUCAGGGUACUUGGAAUUACAGCUUCUGGCCUCUAGGAUUCCACUAGGGCCCUAUCUAAACGCCAUGCAUGCCACUUAUUAUGAAACCCUUGUCAUAGCUUGAUUAUCUUCGAAAAAUUGGAUGAUUAAAACCUAUGGUCUACGCUUUAAUGUCUCUGCAAGCUCUAGGCAACUUUGUUGGGCAACUCGUCAGCAUGCUCUCUCUCUCUCUCUCUCUCUCUCUCUCUCUCUCUCUCUCUCUCUCUCUCUCUCUCUCUCUCUCUCUCUCUCUCUCUCUCUACAUUGAUCUGUUGACCUGAAUUUUUGUCUCUGAAUUCAGAAAUGGCGACACAUACGCCGGGGAGUACUUCGCAGACAAGAUGCACGGCUUCGGGGUCUACAGGUUCGCCAACGGGCACUGCUUCGAGGGCGCCUGGCACGAGGGCCGCCGGCAGGGCCUCGGCAUGUACACAUUCCGGCAGGGGGAGACCCAAUCGGGCCACUGGCGGAGCGGCGUUCUCGACACCCCCAGCACAGGGGAUUCUCUCUCUACUACCCCGGUGGCGAUCAACCACUCCAAAGUUCUCAACGCCGUCCAGGUCCACCGCCGCUGCCAAAAUAUUAUCUCUCUCUUAAGUUUUCAUAUGUUAUUAUUGAGUGAGUUGACCGAUCCCGCCGCCGAUUCCGAGAAUCGUACCUCCUCACGAUGGGUUUUCUCGUCUGUUUUCCAUUUCAGGAAGCGAGAGGAGCGGCGGAGAGAGCGUUCAAUGUGCCGAGGGUCGACGACAGGGUGAACAAGGCAGUGGCGGCGGCUAAUAAGGCGGCCUGCGCCGCACGGGUCGCCGCCGUCAAGGCGGUGCAGAAGAGAGUUCCUGGCUCCGGUGGGGAUCCGGCGGCGCCGCUGGUUAUCGUCUGA